AUGCCUGUAGCUGUGCCCAUUACGGAAAAACGUAUCAAUAGACCAAACAAAUCCAAAUAUGGAUUAGAGCCAUAUGAGAUUGUUAUGACCAACUCCGGGUACGUUGAUGCAGACAUCCCCUCCCUUCGUUCCUCACCAACACAACAAAGGUUCUCGCUUGCGACAGCGACAGACCCGUACACCAAUACAGCCCGCUCGUUUACACCCUCAUCUCACACCGAGAAACACAGGCCAUCUGCUCACGGCCUGGAUUACCUGCAUCAAGCAACUAUGCAUCGUAAUGGCCAUGUUGCCAUGAUGGAUGGCCUCCCAAAUCAGCACCCUUCCACUUCAAAGAUCGCGGUCGUAUGGGACUGGGACGUAGAGCACGAUGACCGCAAACGCGAGGCUAGAGCAGACGCGGCUCUACACGGUGCCCAACCCUUCCAAGUUGAUAGAAGACUGCUCAAAGACGUGGUCAGGGAAAAGAUGGGCACCGAUGUGGGCAGAAUCACGUUCUUGAGCGCAGGUACGUAUGCUUAUCUCGUCACCCUCGUUGAUACCCGGGAGUUAGUGGCCCGGGUCGCUCGGCGAUUUAUGCCGCGCCUCAAGACUGAAUCAGAAGUCGCUACCUUGAAGUACCUCCGCGAGAAGACAUCCAUUCCUGUGCCAUUUGUAUAUCACUAUGACGCUAAUCCAUAUAACCGUUUGGGAGGCGAAUAUAUCCUAAUGUCCAAGGCGCCUGGUAUUCCCCUGUCAAGAGUGUAUCAUACUAUGUCUAAUGAUGAACUGAGAAGGUUGUUUUCAAGUGUAGCAUCGCUGAUCAUACCACUAUUUUCCCACCGAUUUACUCACCUCGGGUCUCUGUAUCAAGACUCCUCUCCUUCAACAUCUACAUUGUCUUCAGGAGCGCCCACUCCAACCGCAACGCAUUCGACUACCAUCAAGGGCUUCUCAUUUAUGCCUCUACUGAGCAUGACGAGUUCGUCGAGUAUCCCAACGCCUAAGCCAGCCGCAAAGCCUCCAUCCCAGAUUCCUGCCGCUCCCGGUUUUAACGUUGGAUCCAUAAUAUCUUGGCCAUUCUUUGGCUCGAACAGAGGCGACCUCUCACACCCAAGUGAAAUCAAUCGUGGUCCUUGGUCCAGCACACGUGCAUAUCUUGAAUCAUGCGUCGAGCGUGAAAUUUCCGGUGUCAUUCGCGAGAACGAAGGUAAAUCCGCACCGCAUCGUCUACAUCUUGAUCCAGACGACAUUCACUCCUCGAGGCAUCAUCACCUAAGAGCUGUUCCCGACGACAAGAGUGAUGACAGCGACGAGUGGGACCUUGAAGAGAGCGAGGAGGAGUGGGAAGGGCCUGGUGAUGCGAUGUACAGGGAUUACCGACGAAUGCAGCGGAGUACUUUCCUAGUAUCGCACAUGAUGAGGCGCGAAGAAUGUGUACGGCAAGAGAUGGGACGAUGGAUGAAGAUGAUGCAGCGUCUCGGAUCGAGCACCGACCCAGCGGCCACGGAGGAGUUUGGACUGGACUGUCAUGACCUGAGUCUCGAAAAUGUGUUUGUCGACGAACAUGACCACACAAAAAUAACGUGUGUGAUCGACUGGGAGUCUACGACGACGCGGCCGCUCUGGGCUUGUGCCCAUCUUCCCGCCUUCCUGCAGUCCAGUCCAUUCACAGCCCGAUUGUUCCGCGAGGCCGUCGUGCAGCUCGCUGAGAGCCCUGCGUCGUCUUCGCAACAUCCUGUGAAGAAAAGCAUACACGCCGAUCUUGCUGUGAUAGCGAAAGAGUGGUUACACUAUGAGGCUAUUGGUGCGCGACUACGGCUGGCUCACCGAUGUGCGGAGUGGGACGGCUGGGAGGAGGGUUUGGUCGAUAGUAUUCUAGGCCCAGAGGACACGGAGGAAGAUUGGUUCAAAGACGCAGAUACGACAGUCGAAGAGUCGGGGCUGCUAAGCCCAUCCAUGCGUGGUGACUUUGCGAGUGAGAGCGAGGCGAGCCAUUCCGGCUCCGGGUCAGGCUCAUUGCUAGUCUCUUCUCUGAAGAAACGGAAACAGGCGGGACGUAUACCGUUAAAGAAGGAGGGAGAACGGGAGCAGAUGUUGGACAUGACUGGCGACAUAUGUGGUGGCCGAGGGGGUGAACUGGGGCGUCGACUCGAAGCGUGGCUCAGCGUAGAUGGUAAUGGCGAGAGGAGAGGGGGCAGCGGCAGCGAAGACGAGUACGACGCCGAAGCAGAGUGAUUACAGAACCAUGCUUGCAUUACUGGGACAGUGGGGAAUCUACACUUAUGGAUAUCCGGUUCAUGAUCAGUAGAUAGACGUAUAUUAUUUACGACGUUCACGCUCUUAAUCGUGCAUAAAGAUACGAGGAAGUUAUUAUCAUUGUACUACUUUUGCUAGUCUUGCUCUCAUAUUACAGACAGCGUUGAUAACAUGUUGCCAUACAAAAAUAAUUGUUAUUAAAAAAAGUGAUUAAACUGUAGUU